AUGCGGUUGAUAUGUUUCUGGUGUUUCUUGGUGGCGGCGAGCGUGAGGGCGCAGGACGGCUACUAUGCCCCUCAGACCUUCAAUCAAAAUAAUGUGGACAAGGGUCUCUUCACCCCAUCCCGUAACGACGUGUCUCCCCAGAGCACCAUAGCAGAGCCUUGGAGACCGAAACCUGUGCAGGAAAACUGGAAUGGUAAGUAUCAAUAUCUCACGAAGGAGCAGCAGGCCGCCAUCAUUCACCACAAGCAGGCCCUGACUUCAGAGGGCAGCUUCCAAUUCGAGUACGCCUCGGACAACGGUCUGGCUGCUGGUGAAACCAUCCAGCCUGAUGGCUCCAGAAUCGGCGGGUACCAGUACAAGGAUCCAAGUGGGCAGAUCGUGAAGCUGAAGUAUAAGGCUGGCAAGGAAGGCUUCCAGGUGGACAAGGGUCUCUUCACCCCAUCCCGUAACGACGUGUCUCCUCAGAGCACCAUAGCAGAGCCUUGGAGACCGAAACCUGUGCAGGAAAACUGGAAUGCCCCGGUGGAGCCCUGGAGACCAGCUUUCCAGCUCACGAAGGAGCAGCAGGCCGCCAUCAUCCACCACAAGCAAGCCCUGACUUCAGAGGGCAGCUUCCAAUUCGAGUACGCAUCAGACAACGGGCUGGCUGCUGGUGAAACCAUCCAGCCCGAUGGCUCCAGAAUCGGCGGGUACCAGUACAAGGAUCCAAGUGGGCAGAUUGUCAAGCUGAAGUACAAGGCUGGCAAGGAAGGCUUCCAGAUUCUUGAAGGAAGCCACAUACCAAAGAGUCCUGAGCCAGUCCCACCUCUAAACCAGGAGGCCCACCACCAGCAAGCCUAUGAGCAGCAGAGGCAAGCGUAUGAGCUCCAACAGCAGUACAACCAGCAGAGGCCGGAACCUAACAGAUGGAACAACCCACAGCAGUACCAAGAGGGCCCUCGCCCGGCGCCGCCCAGCAACCAGUAUUACGCGCCGAGCUGGCAACGAGGCAACGAAGACGAUGGACAGUAUCGUGAGAACGGAGUGGAAGACAGAGGACCCCACAACUUCGGUGAAGGAUACUCCUUCGCCUUCAAAGGCUAAUUAUAAUAAUAUGAUGAACAAACUAUAAUAGAUGACCGACAAAUACUGUAAAUAUUAUAACCAAAUAUUCCAACCAGUGAUUUUAUAUAAGCUUUUUUAUGUUUCAAUAAUCAGUAGUUGACACCAGCAAUAUUGAACAUUAAGUAUAUUACGAUGUUCUUAAAACUGGAUGUAAUUAUAAAAUGGUGUCAACUAUCUAUUUAACUAACUUAUAAUUUCUGGAACCUGACAACAAAUGACGGCUGAAAUGUAAACUGAACAAAGCUUAAUAUUAACCAAUUUCAAGUAUUACCUUAAAAAGUCAAAAAUUAUUCUAGGUACCUUUGUUAAAAUAGUAAUUAAAAAUGCUAUUCUUUGCUAGUUAAUUAACAUAAACGAUACAAUCAAAAUCUUUAACAUUUUAUUACUUGAGUUUGUACCAAGACUUCUUCAGUACCUAUUUAACUAAAACUUUAACAUUUUUAAUAAUUAAAAGUAUAUUAUGUUUGUUUUACAGAUUUGGCCAAGUAUCAUUCUUAGAAAAUAUUUAUAUACCUAGUGAAUAUGUCGUAGAAUAUUAUUGUAUUUAGAUGGGUUUACAGCUAAGUUUAAUUUGGGUAAAUUAAUACGUAGUUGUAUAAUAUAGUUACUUAUGUGCGUGAU